CGCGCCACUUUCAGACGGUUUGGCGCGAGUGUGGAGGAAGAGUGAAGCUGCGGUCCGACUGAGAGGAGGCAGAAACAGGAACAUGAACCUGAAUGGUCACCCGCGCGAAGGGGCCGGCGAGGGAUGCCCUGGAGAAACUACUCAUUCUCAGAAUUUUGCAGCUACCCGUUCUCGGCGUGAGAAAAAAUGUAAAACAGGGAGACAGGAAGCAUUGGAACGCUUGAAAAAGGCAAAGGCUGGUGAAAAAAUAAAGUAUGAGAUUGAAGAGUUCACAAGCGUUUAUGAAGAAGUUGAUGAAGAACAAUACUCCAAGAUGGUCAAGGAGCGCCAGGAUGAUGACUGGAUUGUGGAUGAUGAUGGUAUUGGUUAUGUAGAGGAUGGCAGGGAGAUUUUUGAUGAAGAUUUAGAUGAUGAUGCUCUUGAUUCCAACAACAAAAGAAGAGAGAGAACUUCUACAAACGAUAAAAAAAAUGUGAAGAAGGCCAUGGUAUCAAAACCAAACACAAUUAAAUCUAUGUUUAUUGCUAGUACUGGGAAGAAGAAUUCUGAUAAAGCUAUUGACUUGUCUAAGGAUGAUUUGCUAGGAGAUAUCUUACAGGAUCUGAAUGCAGAGACAGUUCAUAUAGCACCACCACCAGUUAUAAUGCCAAAAAAGAAAAGACUUUCUGGAGCAAAACUAAAUCCAUUCUCUGUGCAAUCUCAAGUCCCCAAGAGAACUUCUGUAGCAAAAACUGCUACUCUUGUCAAAAAAGAAAUUUCUUCGUUAAAUUCAUCUCAGUCCAACCAUUCAGUCUAUACAUCAAGGCCACAGUCAGUUAAAGAAGCAAUUGGUGAUCCUGAAAAUAGAAUUCAAAUUGUGGAAAAUGGAGAACAAGUAAAGACAAAACAAGAGGAAGUUACUAAAGAAGAUGAACAGGCUGUUAUGGAUUUUAAUGAUGAAGACUUCAAUGAGUCUAUGGAGGAAGUAGGAAUUGCAGCAGAAAAAGUCACAUUGCUGAAAGAAGAGCAAAUGAUGGAAGACAGAGAAACAAGAAGCUCUUUCCUCUCUGAUUUUUCCUGUUGGGACAAAAUGACUGAAAAUGAUGGUGGGCAAUUAGUUUCAGAAAUAAAAGUAGAUUCCAGUGAACUUCCACUGGUAACUGGAGAAGAUGGGCAGCAGGUCUUCAGGUUCUACUGGCUAGAUGCUUAUGAAGAUCAGUAUAAUCAACCAGGGGUGGUAUUUCUCUUUGGCAAAGUUUGGAUUGAAUCUGCGAAGUCCUAUGUUAGCUGCUGUGUGUCAAUAAAAAAUAUUGAAAGAACUAUUUAUCUCCUGCCACGAGAGUUGUGGAUCGAUUUAUCUUCUGGUAAAGAGACAAACAAGUCUGUGACCAUGAUGGAUGUAUAUCAAGAGUUUAAUGACAAGAUUGCAGAAAAAUACAAGAUCAUGAAGUUCAAGUCCAAGAAAGUGGAAAAGAAUUAUGCUUUUGAAAUACCAGAUGUUCCUGCAAAAUCUGAUUACCUAGAAGUUAGAUAUUCGGCUGACUUAUCUCGGCUUCCUCCAGACCUGAAAGGAGAGACAUUUUCUCAUGUGUUUGGAACUAACAGUUCUUGUCUAGAACUGUUUUUGAUGAGCAGGAAGAUCAAAGGACCAAGCUGGCUAGAAAUAAAAAAUCCACAGCUCUUGAAUCAGGCUGUCAGUUGGUGUAAGGUAGAUGUAGUAGCGCUGAAGCCUGAUUUGGUGAAUGUGGUGAAAGAUCUUCCGCCCCCUCCUCUUGUGAUUAUGUCUCUUAGCAUGAAGACAGUUCAGAACACAAAGACUCAUCAGAAUGAGAUUAUGGCUAUUGCAGCUUUAGUACAUCAUAAAUUUUGUUUGGACAAAGCGCCACCUGAGCCUCCAUUUCAGACCCAUUUCUGUGUGAUUUCGAAACCAAAUGAUUGCAUUUUUCCAUAUGACUUCAAAGAAGUUGCUAAGACCAAGAAUGCUAAAAUAGAGAUUGCUGGAACAGAGAGGAUGCUUCUGGGAUUUUUUCUGGCAAAAGUUCAUAAAAUUGAUCCUGAUGUUAUUGUGGGACAUAAUAUUUAUGGCUUUGAUAUGGAAGUCCUUCUCCAGAGAAUUAACCUAUGCAAGGUUCCACAUUGGUCCAAGAUAGGUCGACUAAGGAGAUCAGUCAUGCCAAAGCUUGGGGGUCGUAGUGGAUUUGCUGAACGAAAUGCAGCUUGUGGUCGAAUGAUUUGUGAUGUAGAAAUUUCAGCAAAGGAAUUGAUUCGUUGCAAGAGUUAUCAUUUGUCUGAACUGGUCAAUCAGAUUCUGAAAAUAGAAAGAGUGACAAUUCCAUCUGAAGAGAUAAGAAAUAUGUACAGUGAUUCUCCUCACUUACUGUACAUGCUGGAGAAUACAUGGACCGAUGCCAAGUACAUUUUACAAAUAAUGUGUGAACUUAAUGUUCUUCCACUAGCCCUACAGAUUACAAAUAUUGCCGGGAAUAUUAUGUCAAGGACACUGAUGGGUGGGCGAGCUGAGCGUAAUGAAUUCUUGCUCCUUCAUGCAUUUUAUGAAAAAAAUUUCAUUGUGCCUGAUAAGCAACUUUUAAAAAAGGCUCAACAGAAACAGCUAGAUGAUGAUGAAGAUUUUGAAACCGAUCAUAAUAAAUCAAAAAUGGCACGAAAAAAGGCAGCAUAUUCUGGAGGCUUAGUUUUGGAUCCAAAAAUUGGAUUUUAUGACAAGUUCAUUCUGCUACUUGACUUCAAUAGCUUGUACCCUUCAAUUAUCCAAGAGUUUAACAUAUGUUUCACGACAGUUCAUAGGGUGUCUUCUAAUAUGCAGAAAAAGACAGAGGAUGGAGAGCAAGAAGAAAUUCCGGAAUUGCCAGAUCCAUCCCUAGAAAUGGGAAUUUUGCCUAAGGAGAUCAGGAAACUAGUUGAGCGAAGGCGUCAGGUGAAGCAGUUGAUGAAACAGCCAGAUUUAAAUUCUGAUCUCUACUUACAGUAUGAUAUCAGGCAGAAGGCUUUGAAGCUAACAGCAAAUAGCAUGUAUGGUUGCCUUGGAUUUUCCUACAGCAGAUUUUACGCAAAGCCUCUAGCUGCUUUGGUGACGUUCAAAGGCAGAGAGAUUUUGAUGCAUACUAAGGAGAUGGUACAGAAGAUGAAUCUGGAAGUAAUUUAUGGUGAUACUGACUCAAUCAUGAUAAACACAAACAUUACCAACCUGGAUGAUGUGUUUAAAUUGGGGAAUAAGAUUAAAAGUGAAGUGAACAAACUGUACAAAUUGUUGGAGAUAGAUAUAGAUGGAGUCUUUAAAUCCCUUUUGCUGCUGAAAAAGAAGAAAUAUGCUGCUUUGGUUGUAGAACCAACAGGAAAUGGAAACUAUAUUACCAAGCAAGAACUUAAAGGUCUAGACAUAGUACGAAGAGACUGGUGUGACCUUGCAAAAGAGACGGGAAAUUAUAUAAUUGGCCAGAUUCUUUCUGAUCAGUCCCGAGACGUAAUUGUAGAAAACAUCCAAAGGAAAUUAAUCCAAAUUGGAGAAAAUGUGGUAAAUGGCAGUGUUCCAAUAAAACUAUUUGAAAUCAACAAGGCCUUAACAAAAGAUCCUCAGGAUUACCCUGAUAAAAAAAGCCUGCCGCAUGUGCAUGUUGCCCUAUGGAUAAAUUCUCAAGAGGGUAGAAAACUAAAAGCUGGAGAUACUGUGUCUUAUGUUAUAUGUCAGGAUGGAUCAAAUCUGAGUGCGAGCCAGAGAGCAUACGCCCCAGAACAGUUGAACAAGCAAGAAAAUCUUGUCAUUGAUACUCAGUAUUAUCUUUCACAACAAAUUCACCCAGUAGUGGCUCGUAUCUGUGAGCCCAUAAAUGGAAUUGAUUCUGUCCUUAUUGCAUCAUGGUUAGGGCUGGAUCCCUCACAGUUCAAAAUCUAUCACCAUUAUCAUAAAGAUGAGGAGAAUGAUGCCUUGCUUGGUGGCCCAGUUCAGCUCACUGAUGAAGAGAAAUAUAAAGACUGUGAAAGAUUCAUGUUUGCCUGCCCAAAAUGUGGGACAGAGAACAUUUAUGACAAUGUCUUUGAUGGUUCGGGUCUGAUGAUUGAAGCCAGUUUACUACACUGCAGCAAAAAAGAAUGCGAUGAAUCCCCUUUAAAAUAUAUAACACAGAUUAACAACAAGCUAGUCCUGGAUAUACGAUGUUACAUAAGAAAGUACUACAGUGGUUGGUUGAUGUGUGAAGAGCAGACAUGCCAAAAUCGUAUGCGUCGACUUCCACUCCGCUUUUCCCGGAAUGGUCCUCUGUGUCCUGCCUGCAGGAAGGCUGUUGUUAGACAAGAGUAUUCUGACAAGGCCUUGUACACCCAGCUGUGCUUUUACCGGUACAUUUUUGAUGUGGACUAUGCAAUGGAAAAACUUACUGAUCAAGAGAAAGAUCGCUUGAAGAUGUCAAAUUUCAAGGCCAUGGAGGUGGAUUAUAGAAAACUGAAGAGUACAGUAGACAAAUGGUUGUCCAUGAGCAGCUACUCUGAAGUGAACCUCAGCAAACUCUUUCAGACAUUCAGUACAGUAAAAACUGUGGGAGAUCCCAGUAGUUAAAUGCUGAAUAUAGGCAGAAUAGGGACAAAAUUCUUUUGUGGACUCCUAAGAAAAUGUUGUCCUCUUUUUCUUUUUUAGUUUUCAAUUUACAACUUCACACCAUGUUGUAUGUUGUUUCAAAAGAACGUGUAUUCUUUUAUUUAAAUAGGAGCUUAUUUCAUGAUGAAAACCAUAAAACAAAACCAAUAUUAUUUCAACAUAUACCAGGUACCUGUACAGCGUAUAAAGAGAGAGAGUAUAUUCAGACCUAGGAGGGAAUAAAGGAAUGGAGAAAUAACUCCUUUAAUUGAAUAAUUCCCAGUGAGUGUUGCUGGAAUGUAAGUGAUCCUAGACUUUGCUCCAGGGUAUUUAGUAGAGGUGCUCUCAGGAAAAGAGGUUAGUGGAGGUCUCGGUUGGAGCACUAAUGUUUUCUCUUUUCACAGUUUAUCUGCUGUGUGAUCACAUACACAGCAGUGAAAGACAUUACUAAACUUAAAUGCUUUCUAAUACCUGCAUUUAUUCUAAUACGGUCUCUAUUUCUAAAACUGUUCUUAAGUUGUCUUUUCAUCAACUUUUAUUCAGAAUGUAUUGUGUUGUAACAUGGAAAUUAAUCCAAAAGUACAAAUUGACUUCUCUAUAGGGCAUACAGAGAAGUGGGUAUGCAGUAGAUUCUCCAAGCUACACAUAAAUAGCUAUGUUAUAUUUUGGUUCCUCGAAUUUCAACAAAAUAAGCAAUGAAACCUAUUAGGGUGAAAGAAAACAAAUGAGAGACAAUCUAGCCAAGAAAUAAAAGUAAUUGAUAAUACUGUGGUAAGCAAGUAAAGCUAUGAAGAAGUUUCCGGAGACGGGAAGUCUGUCUAAUCUGUUUAUUGCCAAUAAAACAGUGAAUGGGAAUGGUAAAAGUCAGACUGUGAUAUGGGUAGCUUUUGGUGUGGUAGGAGAAAGAAUAAAGAGUAUUUUUACAGUAAUUUUUAGAACCUUGUUAACAUUGUUAUUUACUGGUAAUAUAAAAGCAUUUUAAAUGUACAUGUAAGAUUUUACACUGUUAAUGGAAACAAUAAAUUUUCCAAUGUAGAAUAUUUACUUGUGGGGAACAGCUGUGUUCAAGUGAUGGAAAUAACCAAGACAAAUGCAUUCAGUUGUAUUUGUGCACACAUGUACAUAUAGACACUUGUUCACUCCAACAGGCAUCUCAGAAUUCCUAAGAUAUUUCCCCAACCAAUAUUUCAAAUCCGAGAAUUUCAAUACAUGUGUUCUAAUACCUCUUAAAUAAGAGAAAAGGCUAAAACAAGACAUUUUUAAUUCUCUCCCUUGCAAGUUGGACAUGAAGUCUACUUCAAAACAGUGGCCAGUACUCAGGCAUGGAACAAAUCAAAGAACAGACUGCAUUGAAUGCAGUGAGCAUUCUAAACUAGCCUCAGCUUAGGAAUGAGAGAAUUUUCAGUGGCAAUCAGGAA